GACUGCUUUCUCAGCUUCAUUCUUUUUUUUUUUCUUUCUUUUUUUUUUUUGAAGGCAAAAUCAUGUCCAAUCUCGUCAGCAAAAUCGAACUCCGCUUCUCGGCCAAAGACCUCAUUUCCAUGGACACGCUGUCCAAGACCGACCCGCUGGUGGUCGUGUCGCUGGCAACGGGGCACGAGGCGAUGAUUGAGGUUGGCCAGACGGAACGCGUCAAGAACAACCAGAGCCCUCAGUUUGUGACGCCCGUGCCGAUCGACUACAGCUUUGAGGUGGUGCAGCAGAUCAAGUUCACCCUGUACGACUCGGACGGUCCCGGCAAGCGCGAGUACAUUGGCGAGGUGUCCACCACGGUCGCAGAGGUUGUGAGCAAGGGCGCCGCCAAGUGGACGUCUGUGCUCUACGGCAAGGACGGCAAGCCGCACAAGGGCCUUGGCAGCAUCACUGUGAGCGCCGAGGAGGUGCGCGAGAGCCGCAUUGCCCACGAGUUCUGGUUCAAGGCGAACAAGCUUGACAAGAAGGAUUUGUUUGGCAAGUCCGACCCGUACUUUCGGAUUAUGCGCAUGGGCGCAGACGGUCAGUUCACGCCGGUCGUCACCUCGCCAGUCAUCAAGAACACGCUCGACCCGACGUGGGCCCCGGUUCAGGCGUCUGCUCGCCAAAUCUGCAACGGCGAUCUCGACCGUCCCCUCCGCAUCGAGGUCUUUGACUGGGAUCGCGACGGCGGCCACGACUUGAUUGGCGUGACCGAACAGCUCUCGCUGCGUCAGCUGAUUGACCCCAACUAUCGCCGCGAGUUCCCGCUCGUCAACGAGAAGAAGAAGGCCAAGCACUCCAAGUACACCAACUCGGGCACCUUCACCGUCUACAAGGUUGUCGAGCUGCCCGCAGAGUACUCGUUCCUCGACUAUCUGCACGGUGGUCUUGAGAUCAACUUUACCGUCGCCAUCGACUUUACGGGCUCCAACGGCGACCCGAAGCACCCCACUUCGCUGCAUUACAUGACGCCCUUCCAGCAAAACCAGUACCAGCAGGCGCUCUGGCAAGUCGGCAACGUGAUUGCACCGUACGACGCCGACCGUCUCUUCCCUGCGUUCGGUUUUGGCGGCAAGCUGAAGGACGGCAGCAUCUCGCACGACUUUGCGCUGAACGGCAUUCCCACCAACCCUUACUGCGUGGGCAUCGAGGGCAUCAUGCAAGCCUACACGCAAGCCAUCACGAAUGUUGAGCUCUGGGGUCCGACCAACUUUGCUCCGAUCAUCAAGCAGGUUGCUGGCUUUGCCACGGCGGCUGAGGCAAAGAUGGCGACCGAGCCACGCUACUUUGUUCUCUUGAUCUUGACCGACGGUGUCAUCACUGAUAUGGAUGCCACCUGCCAAGCGAUCAUUCAGGCGUCCUCACUGCCCAUGUCCAUCAUUAUUGUCGGCGUUGGAUCGGCCGACUUUGCUCAGAUGAACAUUCUUGAUGCUGACGUUCAGCCGCUCAAACAUGCUGGUCGUGUCGCCACUCGCGACAUUGUUCAAUUUGUGUCGUUCGAGGACUACAAGAACAAGCCUCCGGGCAUUCUUGCUCGCGAUGUUUUGGCAGAGGUUCCUCAGCAGCUGCUGCAGUACAUGCGUGCAAAGAAGCUCCAGCCCAAGAAGCUGCCACCGUCGCAGUAAAUCACACUGUUCGAUCGUGUCCCGUGGCGUUUGUAGUUGUUGGCCGGUUGUGAGAUGUUUUUGGCUUGGUUGUUCGAACAAGAGAGAAAAAAAACACAAAUUGCAGCUGGUCUUUCCAUUCAUCCCUCCCUCCCUCCAUUUCAGCAGUGUUCUUCACCCGAUCUUUGGUAUCAAAGUCUUUUCCAAACAUUGUUCAGAUUCAG